AAGUUUACGGAAAUACCCUAUCUGUAGAGUUAGUUGGCGAGGUGUAGUUUGCUUCAAGUGAUAAAUCGGAUUAAUUAAAAGAGGAUCUUACUUGAUUAAUUAUACUUUCAAUGAAAUAAUGCCUACUUUCCACACAAAGACAAUUGAAACAAUUCUAGAGCCGGUGGCUCAGCAGGUGUCAAAGUUGGUGAUUUUACACGAAGAGGGCGAAGAUGGGAACGCUAUGCCUGAUUUAACAAGACCUGUAAAUGUUGUAAAGAAGGCCGUUGAUAAUCUUGUGAAAGUCGGCUACGAGACGGUUAGCUGUAGUGAGGAUAAUCUAUUGAAGCACGAUAUGCCUCCUGCCUUGUCAAGAGUUGAGGAAGCGUCUAUGUUACUUGUGAAUGCUGCAUCUAUGUUGUUAGAUGAUUCUCGAUCGGCACCUGCACGUAAGAAAUUGAUUGAUGGUUCUAGAGGUAUUUUACAUGGAACAUCAGCCCUUUUAUUGGCGUUUGAUGAAUCGGAAGUAAGGAAAAUUAUAAGGAAGUGUAAAACGGUUUUAGAAUAUUUAGAGAUAACUGAAGUUAUUAGCACUCUGGAAGAUCUAGUCAAAUAUAUAGAGACUCUAUCUCCUAAUCUAACAUCAAUGAUAAAAUCAGUUGAAAGUCGAGAAAGAGAAUUAAUGCAUCAAGCUCACAGAGAAAUGCUUUUGCGUUCUGUUGACGACAUUCGAAACUAUACGAAUCUAUUUGUAAAUACUUUAAAAAUAUUCGUUACUGCAAAAGUUGAAGGUCAAUUUGGUAUUGAAAAUGCCCAACACAAUAGAGAUUAUGUUGUAAAAAAGAUGACAAGUGAAAUUAACGAAAUUAUAAGAGUAUUAAGAUUAACUUCACACGACGAUGAUGACUGGGACUUGGCUGACAUCAAUUCAUUAAAGAAAGCUCAUAAUUUUAUUAAGUCAAAAUUACCAGCUGCAAUUGACUGGGUCCAGGAUGUUACCUCUCUUCCAGGAGGCUCAGGUGAACAUAAUCUAAGACAAGUCUUAGAAACCGCAAAAAAAUUUGCAGAAGCUUGCUCUGAUCCAGAAGAAAAAGAGGAUAUAUUAAGAAUGGCAGGAGAAAUACAAAGCUUAGUUGAUAGCAUGUGUGAGUUAAGAGAGCAGAGGAAGGGUGAUACACCUCAAGCAUUAACCAUUAUUAGGACUAUUAAAGAUAAAUUUGGAGAAUUGAAUGAUAUGAUACAAAAAUCCAUUAGCAAUGCUGAAAGAGCUGGAAUGCAAAGACCCGAUCCUAGUUUCUUGGGGAAACUUGAUCAAGCGAAGAGAUGGCUAGCUAACCCUAUGUUUGAUGAUAGAAGAUUAGGUGAACAAGCCGCAAGAAUGGCAGUUGAAGAAGGCCGCCGAAUUGCUGAUACCCUACAAGGAGCUGAGAAGGCAGAUCUCUUACGUACGUGUGACGAAGUUGAAUCUUUAACUAAUCAAUUAGCGAAUCUCGUCUAUAGAGGAGAGGGUAAUUCUCCUUUGGCAAGACAAAUAGUAGCAGAUUUGUCAAGAGGUUUAGAAAAGUUAUCUUUGCAUACCCAAGACGCUAUUGCCCAAAAAGUUGCUGAUGAUUUUAUGGAUACGACUAGCGCUGUAAAACAUUUAACAGAGGCUGCUAAAAAUCCUUUAAAUACACCAGGUCGUAAUGAAGUGAUGAAAAAUGCAGAAAUAAAUUUUGAAGAACAUGCGAGAAGAAUAACACAAGCGGCUACAGUUGCCGCCUUUGGAGCGUCACAGCACAAUAAGGCUUUAAUUCAAGAACUAAAUAACAAAGCUAUAGGCAUAAAAAAUCUAGCACCCGAAGUAAUACACGCAGCCCGAAUGGUUCACGCAAAUCCAAAUAAUGAAUCUGCAAAUGAGCAUUUCAAUAUGAUAAAAAGUCAUUGGGAAGACGAUGUAAAUAGGUUAAAAAAUCUUGUAGAUGGAGUUGUUGAUACUGGAGCGUUUAUUAAAGCAAACAAACGAGCUAUUCAAAAAGAAACGGUAUUAACUGAGAAAGCGAUUGAAAAAUCAGAUCCUGGAAGUGUUGUUGCAAACACAUUCUGUAUUGGUAAAAGAUCUAAAAGAGUUAUGGAGGUUGCCGAGCAAGAAGUGGAGAAUUCCGAGGAUCCCCAAUUGGUUAACGAUGUUGGGCAAUGCGUCAGAAAAUUGGAGGAAUCUUUACCACCGAUGGUUCAUAGUGCGAAAAAAGUUGUUAAUAACACCAAAGAUCAAAGGGCUGUUCAGGACUGGAGGAACAACAACAACAAGCUCAUCAACGCGAUAGACAACGUUGGCUUAGCAGUUCAAAGAGGAAUGCCUAAACCUACUUGGGAACCUGAAAUUGAUUUGGACAGAAUGCAUAUUGAUGACGAAUCGGCUCCCCCAAGACCUCCCCUACCCUCGGAUUCGGCUCCACCGAGACCACCCCCACCAUCCGAUACUGAAGAUGAUGAGCCGAGUUUCCCGGAGGAGAUGCCAAACGAAAAUCAACCAAUUAUGCAAGCGGCACAUGCCCUACAUAUGGAUGUUAAGCAAUGGUCCAGCAGGGAUAACGAUAUUAUCGCAGCUGCAAAAGAAAUGGCUAUUUUAAUGGCUAAUCUUAGCCAGCUGGUUAGAGGAGAAAGUAGCUCUAAAAAAGAGCUUAUUGCAACUGCAAAAGCAAUUGCCGAAGCGUCCGAGAGAGUAACAAAAUUAGCCAAGAAAUUGGCCAUGGAUUGCACUGAUAAACGCAUGAGAAUGAAUCUUUUACAAGUUUGUGAGAGAAUUCCAACAAUUGGAACCCAAUUAAAAAUCCUUUCCACGGUCAAGGCGACAAUGCUGGGCGCACAAGAAACUGUACCAAUACCGGAUGAUAACGAAUUAGCUAGCGGCUCCGAAGAGGAUCAAGAAGCGACUGAGAUGCUUGUUGGAAACGCUCAGAAUUUAAUGCAAUCCGUAAGAGAUACAGUAAGAGCUGCUGAAGCUGCUUCAAUAAAAAUUCGAAUUGAUUCUGGAUAUACGAUUCGAUGGCAUAGAAGAAAACCUUGGUACACUUAA